CGCGCGUGCUGUAUCAUCAUUCACGAGCUGUUCUCUGCUGUACUGUCGUUUCUGUAUGGUUAUGGGCGAAGUGUGCCCAAGUUCUUAAACAAUAUUUGAAGAAAUGAUGCAUGAACCCACGGUAGCCCAGAGCAUUUUGGUGACCAUGAAUCAGAGUGGGAAAGACCCCUGCGAAAUACCAUUUAAGGAGGACCGCAUUCCUUUAAUGGUGCUGUACAUCUUGGUUUUUGUCAUCGGUCUUCCAGCCAACAUUGCCACAGUCUACCUCACCCUCCACCAGGUCUGUCGCAAGAAUGUCCUCGGCAUCUACCUGCUAAGUCUGUCCUUGUGCGAUCUCACCUACCUCUUCACGCUACCUAUGUGGGCUGUGUACGUCAACAGAGACCACAUAUGGCCCUGGUCCUCUAUGGCUUGUAAAGUGACUGGCUUUGUCUUUUUCACCAACAUGUACAUCAGCAUAUUUCUGCUCUGCUGUGUGUCCAUUGACCGCUACGUGGCGGUGGUCUAUGCCAUUGAAUCUCGGGGUCUUCGUCAGAGAAGGAUUGCCGCUCUUGUAGCUUUUUCCAUCUACAUAGUGGUGGGCUUGGUCCAUGUUCCAGUCUUUAUAAUGCGUGAGGGGAAUGCCGCCGAGGGCAGUCAACGCUGCUUUGAGCCCGGCCAGAGCACUGCAACAGUUACAGGAUUCAACUAUGCUCGUUUUUGCAUUGGCUUUUGUGCUCCACUGGCCAUCCUGAUCUUCACCAACAGGGCCAUUCUUGCCAAUGUGAGGGCCAGCACAGGACUCCAACCACAUCAGAAAGAGCGAGUGCGCUACCUUGCUGUGGCAGUGGUGAUGCUGUUUUUGAUCUGUUUCUCUCCAUACCACAUUAUCUUGCUCAUACGCGCCAUUACCUUCCAUUUCCCCAAGCUGCAGGAUGAAUGUCAAUUUCAAGAGCGCAUCUACAUACCUUACAAAAUCUCUCUGGGCCUGUCCACUUUCAACAGCGCCUUUAAUCCCAUUCUCUAUGUGCUCUCCAGCAAUAAUAUCCGUAAGGAGAUAAGAAAUGGCAUGGCAGCACUGUGUAACAGAGUCAUCUUGGGUCAGCGCUUGACACAGAGUAGCCAGCACAACAUGCACAGUUCCAAAAGCAAUUCAGACCACAUCCCCACAAAGGGGGAUGAAAUGAGGACAGCUUGUCUUAGCCCAAGCUAAAACUGUAAAGGCAUUAGACAUUGGUACUCAUUUUAUUAAAGUGCUAUCACUUGGAACUGAAAAAUUUAAUAAUUUUGUUUUGUAUAAACAACAGUAAAUGGAGUAAUCAUUCAGCAGCUGCAAAUGAGACAAAGAUCUUGCAAAAAGUGAAUUUCCUGUCAUUUUAUUUUGUGUUUAAGACUGAAAGGAUCUCUGUGGUAUUUUAAAUCUUCUCUGCUAUUUCAGGUCACAGAUUGUUUCCUUCAAACUGUUUGAGCUUUUGAAUAUCUUACAUUUGACGUCUGUAUACAGGAUUUUAAAUGUAAGAUGAGAAUCUCUAGACCAUAUUUAUAGGUUCAAAAUAGUCUUGCAGAGCUAUUGGCCUUGACUAUUAGCAUAAAGUCUGGUCCACUUUGCAGCUAAUUCUGGCAAAGAACCACUCACAACUGAUAGGAAGUGGCCAUCUGACCGACAUGUUAAAUGGCCAACCGCAGUUGGUUUAAUUUUUAUGUCGUUGUUUUUACAGGGUGAGUUAGUGAACUUGACAAUUCACUAGCAUUCAAAUAAUGCCACAGAAUAAUACAAAUUUGGUCCACAUGUGAAUGUUCACAAAACACGGAAAUCAAAAAAAUAUGCGGAAUGUGAUUGACAAAUUAUUGUCACCAAUUGUAAUCUAAAUUAGUACCUACCUAUUAAUGCUCAGACAUUUGUUGAUAUUGCUACCACAGUAAGUUCCUAAAAACAUAACUAUUCUAGUUCUUCCUCAAAGGUGCUCAUUAGGCUUGGGAUUGAUGCCUAAUGGUAUUUUUUAUAUAUCUUUUUACACAUCGAUAUUUAUCGAUAUAUAUUGGGAUUUUUUUUUUUCAGAUAUAAAUUUGGCUGCUCGUUACACAAUUGUCUUUAUCUUUUAAAAAAAAAAUUCUCAACACAAAUUUGGUGAAGUGUGAGCAGCAGGAUUAAUUAAAGGGACACCAGACGUGUCUGGCAGAUGUGUUCUAAAAUUCUAAACAAAUAUUUUCUAGGGGUAUGCACACGCCACCAAUGCGCAGCCCCAAAAUUCUGCAGUGCAAUGGAGCGCAUUCAAAUCAUAAUCAAAGGACUACGAUUAUUUACUCUAGUCAUUACUGGAUGAUAUAUUGUGUAUAUGUAUCUUUCAUAUAACCUACACAAUGUAUUUUCAAUUACAAGUAUGCAUUUUGUGGAUUGAAGGCUUGAAUAAAAUACAUAUUCAAGGCUACAUAUAUAGAAAUUUCAUAAUAAAUGUCACCAUUUUUAAGCGUUUCAUUUUCACAGUUACACCAGUUUCAUACACUAACCUGCAAACUCAUCAACAUCACUUUGUUAAUAAAAAGUACAAAAACCUUUGUAACUUUGGACCACCAAGCUCGUCGUGUGUGUAUGUGUGUGUGUGUGUGUGUGUGUGUGUGUGUGUGUGUGUGUGUGUGUGUGUGUGAACGUGACCAUGACCAUGACCAGCUUCAGUAAAUGUUCUCCCCUUUUCUCCCCAAUAUGGAAUUCCCAAUGCACUCUAAUUGCUCGUGGUGGCAUAGUGAUUCGCCUCAAUCUGGGUGAGUUUACUCUGCGUCAAUCUGUGCAUCUUAUCACGUGGUUUGUUGAGAAUGUUGCCACGGAGACGUAUCGCACAUGGAGGCCCACGCUAUUCUCCGUGGCAUCCAUGCACAACUCACAACGCACUAGUCAGCCUCUUUACUUUCUGAGCUACCCAGGCUAACCAGAUUGUUAAACAGAGGCCAACAGAGUGAAUUGGAAAGCGAACAAAUUAGUUUUUAAAUAUCAGCUAAAUUGUAUAUAUCAAUGCCUAAAUAAUGUAUUGUUAAAGUAACGUCCUGAUCAUUAAUCAAUAUAUCAAUAUUUCAUGACAUCCCUAGUGCUCAUUGUAGCAUGUAGCAUUGUAGCUACAUCAAACAUGAGAUUGUUUCCAGUUGAACGGCUUAUAACCUGUGCACCAUGACUCCCGGAAGUUGAGUAAAACCAUUGUCAACUAAUUUAAUGAAACUGCAGUGUGUUUUUUAAAGUAAUGUUUAUGUUGAAUGGCAUGCCUUUUGAGUGUUGACUGUGUUGUUUCGAUGGAAGUUUUUCAUAUUUUCUCAACAGUUUAAUAUAAUUUUCUGAAAUUGUUUUGCUAUAUGAUGAAUUUGAUGUUUUGUGUGCAUGGGUUUUUAAUGAAUGUCACAACGAAUCAUGAACAACAUUUUAUGAACGUCUACAGUAAUAUAUGGCUGAACAUCUACUGUAUUUUGUGUGUAAAAAGCUUUUUUUUAAUUUUAUUUUGAAGUCAAUUAAAUCUAUUAAAAAUAAGACUUUCAUAAUGUGCAGUCAUGCUUUUUUCGUUACAUUACACUACAUAAAUGUAACCC